AGUUUUUAUUUGAUUGAUUUUGGUGUAGGUAGUGGAAAGCUAGAUCUUUCAAAUAAAUUGGUCCUAAUGGUAUCUUUUUCUCUCUGAUUUCUGGGUUAUAGUAGGGUGCUAGAUAACAGUGAUAUGCUGCGAUUUUAUGUAUGCGAGUUGCUCUCCGAGUUCAUUGAUCUUCCUGUUACAGAGACAGGGCCACACAAGAGUGAAAGAAGAAGAAGAUAUUGUCCAAAGAUUUCAAAUGGAUCUCAUUGCUCAGAGGAUAAUGGCUGUGAGAAGUAUGACACUUCUGAUAUACAGCAGGAUGCAUCUGCUGCGCUUCUAGAGCCUUCUGCAGAUGGUGUGCUGGAUAAUGAUGACAGCAGACCGUUAAAGAAAGCAAAAUCUGUUGAUGAUGAUGAGAUUGAUUCUUCCAAAGACGUAAAUAAUGGUACAAGCCUCUCCAUUAAAGGUUUAGUGAACGUAUGCACAGAAGAGGGGUCCCAUCUUACAAGGGAUUGCCUGCCUCCUGAAACCGAUGCCAGCUUAAAGUUACAGCCUCGUGAGAGAAAACUUAUCGAUUUCAGCAAGUUGUACUGA